AUGGAAAACAGCACUGUUUCCUUUUACUUUAACCUCACCAUGUUUGUGAACAUUGGACACUACCGCUAUCCAGUCUUUGUUUUUUGCCUCCUGCUGUACAGCUUUAUUCUCUCUGCUAAUCUUGUCAUAAUAGUGGUGAUAUCUCGAGAAAGAACCCUACACGAACCCAUGUAUGUGUUCAUUGCCUUGUUAUCUGUCAACUCUCUGUAUGGAUCCACUGGUUUCUUCCCCAGAUUCCUCAUGGACCUCCUGUCUGACGCUCAUUUGAUCUCACGUCCUGCUUGUUUCACUCAGAUCUAUGUUAUUUACACAUAUGCCUCCUAUGAAAUGACGAUUCUUGGCAUUAUUGCAUAUGAUCGGUAUAUUGCAAUUUGUCACCCUUUACACUAUCACAGAAAGAUGAACAACAAAACGGUUAGAAAGUUGGCAGCAUUGGCUUGGAUUUGCCCAGCUUUUGGUAUUAUGGCAUUAAUUUCUUUGUCCACCUGGCUUCCUUUAUGUGGUAAUGAGAUACAAAAAAUAUUUUGUGCCAACUGGAACAUUGUAAAAUUGUCAUGUGUUAAAACUCUUGUGAACAAUAUUUAUGGUUUGCUUUUGACUAUUUCUACAGUUUUCUUUCCCCUUUGUUAUGUCCUGUACACCUAUCUGCGAAUUUUAAUGGUUUGCUGGAAAAACUCGGCUGAAUUCAAAGGGAAAGUAUUUCAGAGCUGUUUGCCUCAUGUUAUUACAUUUGUGAUUUAUUCUAUCACAGGAUUUUGUGAUAUUGCCCUGAGCAGGUAUAACAUUGAACAGAUACAUCCAUUUGUGGCUGUUAUUCUGUCACUAGAGUUUGUUGUUAUUCCUCCAGUUCUCAAUCCUCUUGUGUAUGGGCUCAAGUUACCAGAAAUCAGAAGACAGAUUUUAAGGUUAUUAACAUGGUAUAAAAUAAUAAAUUGA